AUGGCUGUGGCGAACGAGACGGAUUUGGAGGUUGCUCGCGAGGAGGUUGCGGCCAAUGCCCAAAACUGCGUCAAGCUCGAAGAGCUGAGGUCUGCCAGCAAGCCAUCCAAUGGCCAGUGUGUUGUCGUGGGCGGUGCUUGCGUGCCGGCACAGGCGCUCUGCAACUUUGCGGAGCAGCUCAACCAGGGCAAGGUCGCCGCGCCCAAGGAGACUCCUGAGGAUGACCGCAUUGUGCUGCUGCGAGCGCUGGCUGCAGAGGCGAUUGGCACGGGCCUCAUCGUCCUCUUCGGCUGUGGAUCAGUCUGCGCCACUCUUUCUGGAGCGUACAGCGGCGUUUGGCAGGUUGCUGCUGUGUGGGGCCUUGGCGUGUCGCUGGCCAUCUAUUGCACUGCAGAGGCCAGUGGCGCUCAUCUGAACCCGGCUGUCACACUUGCCUUCCUGCUCGUGCGCCCUCAGGCGCACGGCAUGACCGUGGUGAAGUCGCUGCUGUAUGUAGUGGCACAGAUGGUCGGUGCUAUUUUGGCUGGAGCGCUGAACCUCCUCAUCUAUGGCGGCACCAUUGCCGCCUUUGAGCGUGAGAACAACAUCGUCCGUGGCGAACCCAGAUCGAUCCUUUCAGCUUCAGCAUUUGGUGAGUACUUCCCGAAUCCGGGUCUCUCCAAAGAGUACGGCUCCGGCCCAUACGCCCAAGACGACGUCUCGGUGUUCGGCGCCCUCAUGACAGAGGCCUGGGGAACCCUAAUUCUCGCCUUCGUCAUCUUUGGCAUCACCAACGGCCGAAACAAGGUGCUUGGCAGCGCGGAGCGUGUCGGCGUUCCCUUCGUUAUCGGCAUGACGGUGGCUGUCCUUCUCCCGUUGUAUGCACCGAUCACUCAGGCUGGGUGGAACCCGGCGCGAGACUUUGGCCCUCGCAUCGUUGCGGUGCCUUGCCAAGGGGUUCGGGUUCGGUACACCCGACAAAGUCUAUUCCGGUGUAAUGCCAAGCAUGACAAGGAACAGUGCACGAAAGGUUUCGGGGCAUGUUUCCCGGUCCACUGUUGGACUGAUUAUCCGGAUUUGCUUUGGAAGAUUAGUGUCAGGCAUUGA